UAGGAAUCACAAGUUAACGAAACACCUUCACCAGUGAAAAUACCUGAAACAUCACCAAAUUUAAUACCACAAAACAUACCACCAGUGGAAACAGUAUCUAAUAUAGAAGUGAUACCAACAAUUUCACCAAUACCACAAAGGUGUCAAAUAAAACCAGUAAUGGACGAAUCUAAUAUGUCUCUCUGUUCAUCCCAAGAGUCAAUAUGCAGCGUGAAGACUUACGAAAAGGACGAUAGCCAUUUGAGACCGUCCUCACAAAAUUCAAACUAUAGUUUCAACGAUGUGAUCAGUGCGAGCUAAAGUGGACUUUAUACAAAGCAAAUAGAGUCUGUUGUUGAGUGCGAGGAGAACCAUGAAACGUAUCAACAAGAUAAUUACGAAAUGUACGAACAUUUGGCUAUGGCUUACCAAAGUGACGUCGCCAGUCAGCAAGCAUCCCCGCCUUCAGUGGGGGGUGAGCAGCGCAUAGAGACUGUGGUGCGCGUGCGCAGCCGCGGGGAGAUCAAGUGCGACUGGCGACCAGGACUCGCACCACCACGAGAACACCCACCCCCCGACAGACCUUCCAGAUGGGGUUUAAAACCAGGAGAGGUGAAUAUUGUACUAACUGGUGGGAGUGAGAGCGCGCAGAUCGAAGUACCAACAUCACAACAACAGCAACAACAAAUUCAACAACAGGGAACAACUCCCCUGCCAUCGCCACAACCCGUCUACUAAAUACAGAGCCUUGCUAAUCGCACAGACACGGCUACUGGAAUAACUAAUGGAUACGACGAAGCGUACAUGGAUAUGUACGGUGCGUCAGACAGACUGCAGUACGGCGACUGCUUCUCUGAUGCGCACGCGCAGCAAGAUGCAACAAGACUCAGCACUCUCGACGCCAGGAUAGACCACGCGCUCAAGAAUACUGUACUGGGCGAGGUGGCGAAAGAAGAUUCACCUCCUGACCCUGACAAAGAUGCGCCCGAGAAAGGAAUACUCAUCGUUUCGGGUGAGGCGGCUCGCGGUGGGAAGCGAGUCAGUUUUGCUGAUGGAUACAAACCAGGACAAGACUCUGAUGUCGAGGAACCUCCCGUUAAGAAGAGACGCAAAGUGAAACGCGCGGGCUGCGCCUGGCCUUGUCCCGCCGCGCACCCUGACCACGUGCCGCUGUGGGAUGCUCUGCCUCCACCACCACCACCACCACCAGGCUCACCACCACCCAGAACCGCGCCCCCGCCACCUCUACAUCUGCUGCGUCAGCAUCCCACACACCCCACACUCACGCUACCCCCCGCAUUGCGCAAACUGGAUCCGAAUGUGACGUUACCAUUGUUUAUACCAUCAGAGCCUCCGCCAGCUCUCAUCAGGUUCCCCUAACAUCCGGCCACAUCCAUGUUGUUGCUCAAAUAUAAACUGAUACCUUGAGUACAGUUUUGUAACGGAAUUUAUAAAUAAAAUUAAAGAAAGUGCUUUGAACAUAUAAAAAGUUCGUUUAAAAGAAAGUGCAUAUUUCAAUGGUUCCAACGUAAAUAAUUAUAAUUCUUCAAAUGGAGAUUUUUAAACAAU